AUGUCCACCCCCAUCCUCCGCCUAGGUAUCCUAGGCGCCACGAACGCCGUGCAAGCCACCUACCUCCCAGUCCUCUGUUCCCUCAAAACACACUACACCCUCACAGCCAUAUACGACCCCAACGCUGAAGUCGUGAACCAAUGCCAAUCCCGCUUCGACAUCACCUACAGCACAACAGUCGUCGAAGAUGUUCUGCGCCAUAAAGAAGUGGACGUUAUCCUCAACCUCCUCCCAAUGGAAUACCACGAGCAAUACACCGUGACAGCCCUCGAAGCCGGCAAACACGUAAUGGUUGAAGUCCCUCUCUCAAUGAGCGUCUCAAGCCUGCGCCGCAUCCGCGAAGCAAUCAAAAAAGGCAAGGCCUCCCGAUCCCUUGACGGCACCAACGAAACAGACGGCCCAAAGGUAUUCAUCGGAUGCGCGCGCCGCUACGCCCCCUGCUUCACGGAUGUCUUCAAGAAGGAACUCGCCUCCUUAGGCCGCGUGUACUACGCGCGAUGUCGACACAUCGCCGGUCCGAUGAACAACAUCGUCGCGCCGGCCUCGAAAGAUAUCACGCCGGCAAUGAAGCGCAAUAAUAACCCAGAGCAGUUCCACGCGCUGUUGGAAGAUGUCUUCGGGUUGAAAGAAGACCUUACACCGGACAGAGUCGCUUUCUGUCGCUACCUCGGCAUGCAGGGUUGUCAUGAUCUAUCGCUGAUGCGCGAGUCGCUAGGCUUCCCGGAUGCUGUUGCUAACGUCGCUAUCACGGACCCGUUUUAUUCUGCCAUUUUUCACUAUACGAAUUCCGCCGAGAAUGAAGGUCGCCCGUUUACGCUUCUCUAUGAGGCUGGGGUUGAUGCCGUGCCUCGCUGCGAUGCUCAUUUGACUCUCUAUGGCGCGCACAAGACUCUCAGUGUGGAGUACGACUUCCCGCGUCCUGGUGAGAAAAUCAGUACUGGUACCUAUGUGCGGGUUGUCGUUGAGGAAGCGGACGGGACGGAGGAUACGAAUAAUGUCAAUGGAAAUCAGAUUAACGAGACCGAGAAUGCUGUUCCUCGUCCUCGUGUGAAGCGGACGGAGACUGUUAGUACCUGUGAUGAGGCGUAUGAGCGUGAAUUCAUGGCUCUGCAUUCUUAUUUGGCUGGUGAUGGGUCGGCGGCGAAGACAACCGCUGAUGACGCAGUCAUGGAUCUGCGGCUGCUGCUCAUGAUCUUUGACCACUACAACCGCCAGUGUGGUACCAUUCGGACUCCGCUGGGUUGA